CUAAUUUAAAAAACGCAUCGCCUCUCACAACGCAAUUGCCUUAGCUCGUACUCCUUAAUCCCUUGGCGAAAAUUUUCCAACUUUGAUUCGGUCACCACAAACAAACUCUAUAACUAGUCCUUUUCAUCAACUUUCUACUUCUUCCCCUCUCCAGUAAGAAGAAGAAAAUAAAGUUCUUAUCUUCAUUUCUAACCAAAUUACGGAACAAAAGCAGAGAGAGAGAGAGAGAGAGAGAGAGAGAGAUGGAUGAGAUUAUGAACAAGGUGGGGUCCUACUGGCUCAGCCAAAAAGCCAACAAGGAGAUAUCCUCCGUCGGCGACGACUUCGAUUCCCUCUCUAGCAGCAUUGAAGGGGGAGCAAAAUGGCUGGUCAACAAAAUCAAAGGGAAGAUGCAGAAACCACUACCCGACCUACUAAGGGAGCACGACCUACCGACGGGCCUCUUUCCACGAGAGGCUACUCACUACGAAUUUGAUGAACAGACGAAGAAACUUACUGUCUAUAUACCCUCUAUUUGUGAAGUUUACUACAAGGAUUCCUCCGUAUUGAGGUUCUUCACCACCGUGACUGGGCAAUUGGAGAAGGGGAAGCUCGCCAAUAUUGAGGGAUUGAAGACGAAGGUUUUGGUUUGGGUGAAAGUUACUUGUGUUAAAACAGAGGGAUCGGAUGUCAAGUUUACUGUUGGAGUAAAGAAAACUAGGAGUCGAGAUGCAUAUGAAAUCCUCCGGGACGGGAUCAGCGUAGAGAAGUUCUAGGUCACUUUAAAAUGGCACAUAUGCAAAUAUAUGUUGCAUUAUGGUAACCACCACACCACUUUGGGCUUUUCUAGUGAUUUUGUUUGUUAAUAUGAGAUACUUCCAAUGUAAGUUCUCAUUAAAUGCUUCUUCACUAUCCAUACGUUGAUGAAUAUAUGUAAGUUGCAUAAUUUCUUGAAAGCUUCUUCGCGCUUUCUAAGUUAUUGAACAUCGGUUAUUAUGAACUCA